UUACUUCUCGGUGUAAAUAGUGUCCAUGAAUUGGUUUAUAUUGAUAUAAAUAUCUUUUUAUAUGUCUUGUAUACUAAGUAAUGUACUGUAAUAAGAGUACAUGAAAUCGUAAUAUAGGAGUUUUCUGAUUUGUUUCAUAGUGUGUGUUGCGGAUCGAUACAAUGCGUACAUACACACUUCGCCAUUGGUGGAGUAGCCGUUAAUUCUGGGUUUGUGUCGAUUGAUGAUUGGAAUUAGAAGGGGUGAAAGGCAACAAAGGCAGAGGAUUACAGUGAAAAUACGCAACAUGAAGAGGAGUUCUGACCGAGACACACCUCCACGAAGCAAGAGAUCUCGCUCGAGUAUUGGAAGGUACGAUGAUAGUUCAGAUGAAAGAAUUACUCCUGAGCGGAUUCGAAGACGUAGUCGAGGCAGAUCGCCAAGCCCAAGGGGUCGAUACCCCUCUGAGAGUUCCCACAGAGACGACUAUGGACGCUCAAGGGAAGUGUCUGAACGAUCGUAUCCAAGUUACAAAGUGUUAUGUGUAAGUGCUUUGCAUCCCAAAGCCAGCGAUGAGGUUAUCAAGGAUACGUUGUAUAGGGAAUACAAAAAGUUUGGAGAUCUCAGUGUUAGAAUUUCUCACGACCUUGAUGAGAGGGUUGCAUAUGUUUGUUUCAGAAAUUCAGAGGAUGCUCGCGAUGCAAAACACAACAAACCUAGAAUAAUCUUGUUUGAUAAAGUAGCUUUAGUUGAAGCUGUAUAUGAAAGUAGCAGGAGUUCAAGUGAUUUGUAUCGCAGAGGACCUAGUAGGCCAAGGAGUAUGAGUCCAGAUUAUGAUAGAUACUACCAUCAGCGCUCGAGGUCACCAGGACCAGAAAGACAUAGACCAAGUGAGAGUCGUUACGAACGUUCAUAUGGACCUCCUCCAGGCCUUCCGCACCGUGAGUUUCGUAGAGAAGGACCACCUCCACCUCAUCAUGAAUUCAUGAGAGCUCCUGUUCAUCAUGGUCCACCUCAUGUUCCCCCAGGACCCCCCCAUCAUUAUGGUCCCCCAAGACAUAUUGUUCCUGGGGGUUUCAAACCUCAUCCUCAUUUUGAAAAAUUUGAUAACAAGAAAGAUAAAUUUCCAAAUUACCUACACCAUGUACCUCCAGAAGAUGAUCCAUUGGCAACUAGGACUUUGUUUGCUGGUAAUUUGGAAAUCAAUAUAUCAGAAGAAGAGCUUCGUAGAAUUUUUGGCCGGUAUGGUAUAGUAGAAGAUAUUGAUAUAAAGCGCCCACCACCAGGAACAGGAAAUGCGUAUGCAUUUGUAAGAUUUCAGAAUUUAGACAUGGCUCAUCGUUCAAAAGUUGAACUUUCAGGGCAAUAUAUUGGAAAAUUUCAGUGCAAAAUUGGAUAUGGGAAAGCAACACCCACUACAAGAAUUUGGAUUGGUGGGCUUGGACCAUGGACAUCAAUAUCUCAGUUAGAAAGAGAAUUCGAUAGAUUUGGGGCUAUAAAGAAAAUUGACUAUGUAAAAGGAGACAGUUGUGCAUAUAUCUUGUAUGAUUCUAUUGAUGCUGCACAAGCUGCAGUUAAAGAAAUGCGUGGGUUCCCACUUGGCGGUCCAGAACACAGGCUUCGUGCUGACUUUGCAGAUGUAUUGCCAGGAGGUUUCAGCGGUUUCAAGCCGCGGCCUUUUCCUGAAGACAUGGCAGGAGUUGGUGACUUUCGGGUUAGGGUACCAGGUCGUGAUGACUUUGCUUAUGAACCAGGCUAUGAGCCAUGGACGGAAGGGGAAUUCUCUUAUGGUCCACCAAGGGGAGGUUUCCGAGGCCGGGGGGGUGCCAUACCGUGGCAUGAUCGUAGAGGUGGCGGACGAGGGGGGUACCGUGGAGGUGGAUACCCUGGGGAUGCAUACAUGAGGGAGGAACCAGAGUGGGUGACCAGGAGGCCUCCACCAGAAUUGGAGUAUGAGAUUCCUCGCCCUCCAAGAAGAUCUGGUUCAGGAGAACCUGGAGUGGAGAGAUCAAGAUCACGGUCCCCUCGCAGGCACUCUGUUGAAAGUGACUCUGGUUCAGAUGGGCGACGUAAUGGAAUGCUUGGUUCUGCACGCACUCUGCCAGAACUAGCAAGGAAGUGUGUGGCAGUCUGGCAGGGUGCCCUCAUACUGAAAAAUUCUCUCUUCCCUGCAAAGUUCCAUCUUACAGACGGCGAUACAGAUAUCGUGGAAGGGCUUAUGAAGGAUGAUGAAGGCAAACAUCAUUUACGCAUCACACAGAGACUUCGACUUGACCAACCAAAACUGGAAGAUGUUUCAAAACGUAUUUCUUCUUCCAGUUCUCAUGCAAUAUUCCUUGGGUUGUCAGGCUCGACAGCAUCAGUUUCCAAUGAGGAUGCUUCUGUUCAGACACGCCCUCUCAGGAACCUGGUAUCAUAUCUGAAGCAGAAGGAAGCAGCUGGUGUUAUAUCGCUAGUGAAUAAGGAUACAGAAGCGACUGGAGUUCUGUAUGCAUUCCCACCAUGCUCAUUUUCCACAGAUCUCUUGAAACGAACUGCACCCAAUCUUUCUGAGGAAGGCUUGAAGGAGGAUCACUUGGUUAUUGUAGUAGUGCGUGGCGGGAGUGCCUGAACAUAGAUGCACUGCAGAUUACAUGUGAGACUACUUCUCAAUUGAAAUCAUUGCUGUAGGCAUGUUAAAGCAAUGUUCAUGUAGAUGUAGGUUUAUAGCUGUGCUUAUGUAGGUGAAAUAUCACAGCAGAUAUGUUUCAUGUACCUGCAAGUGGAUUGGUGCAGGAUUUAUUGUUAAAUGUAACAUUUUUAAGUAUAUAAUUGUGUUCAUGCAAACAGUGAAAAGGGAGGAUACUAGAUUAAUGGCAUACUGUAAAGGUUCCUUCAUUGUUUUUUUGUAUCUUUUUUUUUACUUUCAUUAAGUACACAAAUGUAUAACAAUUUUUUUUUGGCUUUACAACUUGCUUCAGUGUUUUUAUACCAUUAUAUGAUUGGUGAUUGUGACACGUUAUCACUUUGCUGUGAAGACUCAGAAGUGUGUGUAAGGUGAUGCGAAACUGAUCGCACAUUUAUAGUGUUCUUAAUUGAUCAUACAUGACUUGAAACAAUUUAAAGCACCUGUUUUCCUAGUAGUAUCUCUACUAGUAGUCUGCAGUUUCUCAGUCCCAUUGUUAACACUACAAUUUUGAAUUAAAUCAUGGCAGUAUAGUAAAUGUGAUUAAAAAAUUCUUAAAAAAAUCUGCGAGAAAUGCUCUGUGGUGAUGUGCUGGUUCAAGUUAUGGUAUGGUUUUAGUUGUAAGGUGCCCCCCACUGCACGGCCUGUGGACUAACUCGGAGACUGUGUUGUGAGUGUUGCAAUGUGUCAGAAUCGGACAGACAGUGAUUCAGUAGCAAGUGGUGAAAGUGCAGUGGGAUGGGACGGUUAGUUGUGUUUGUGUAAGUGUUGUAAAAGCAAGUUUUGUAAGUGCACAGUGUAAUAGUGUUGUGUUCGCGCCAUGUCCUGAAGGGUUAAAGAUUAUUUUUUUUUGUAUGACAAGUGUUCAUUAUAUUCUGUUGAUUUCAUUGUUCUUUAACCCAGGACAUCUGUGUGCGGUGUGUGUGGAAUUGUGUCAAAUAGAGAACUUCUUGCAGACAACUUGAAAUCUAAUUAUUUACCCCAGUGCCACAUUGUUACGUGAUGGGAAGUUAGAAACCGAUUGUGUUGUCAAGACAAUUUGAGUGUUUCUGAACUAACAUUUUGGAUCAAAUCGUAAUUGUGUUUGUGUAGAGUGAAUAGUGCAGUCACAUUGAAUCCAAAAUGUUAUGACACUAUUGUGCUUUUGUUUUUAAACGUUGCACACUGCACAGUGAAAAUUCAGUUAUCUCUGGCUUUAUGAAAAUUACAUCAAGGUAACCAAAAAGAAACAUUUAGUAGUUUUUCAAAAUUCAGUUUCCAGUGUUAAUAUUAAAUUUGUAAACAUGGGGCAAGACGUGCUUCCCAUUAUGAACAGGAAGCAAGACAGAUGAAUUCAGUUUUGCUAUUGUGUUACUCAAGAAGCAUUUUGUGUAUUGUGAAGGCUGUUGUCAAAGUGGCCACUUAAGAGAUUAACAGCCACCCUGAAGAGAUGGAUGGCUGGCACUUGGCCUUGUAUGGAACUCUUAUUCAAAACUGAUUGGUUUUGGUGGCUAAAACUAAUUUCUGCCAUUUGAAAUUCAUAAGUUAAAAUAUGCUGAUCUAAUUUGUUAAAACUGUCUGGAGGUGAUCUGCAACUAUCUAUCACUGUGCUGGGGGAGGGUCUGUUGUUGCUCUUAGCGUGGGCUGCAUAUGUCGUCAUUGUCUGGUGCUUAAUUAAUUAAGCCUAGGAAUAACUUACUGUGUUUGUAUUACACAUAAACAAAAAAAAAAUAUUGGGAAAUAUGGAAAGCAAACAUCUAGAAAACAAGCAUGUAAUUGGCAGAAUGGAGGUUAUUGGAGAGGGCUAACCUGUAAUGGUAUUUGUUGGGUGGACUAGCCCCAGGUAAAUUUAAACACAGGUCUCGUGCAUUUAGGUUGUGCCCUGGUAAGCAGUACAAAUUUUAGCAGUGAGAAGAUGGAAGUGCCUCAGUGACAGGUGAAUGUGCCACACUGAAAGGUAGGUAUCCAGUAUCUAAGUGAGGUAUCCAGUGUGACAGCAGCUGUUUCAGUUUUGGUAAACAGUUUAAAUCAAUUCUAAUUUUCUGGCUAUUUUUGUGCUUCGUUGUGAGGCCAUGGCUAUAGCUGUGAAGAGACUUUAAUUAAAGAUUGCUUCUCCUA